CGCCCACCGCUGAGGUGUUUUCAAGCGAAACUCUUGAGUGGAAACUAGAAGUUUGACGGGAGAAGACGAUGUUACUCAUGCUGGAUGGACUGAAUAACACAUCGGACAAACAGUCACACGCUUCUGCUCAUGUUUUUAUAAACCGAUACCGAUUUAUCGAAGAACAAUAACUCAAAAGAAAAGAGCGCGAGCUGUAAUGGAGGUCAAAGGCUGCAGGCCAGAUGUGGAAGUUUUUAGCGGGUCACCGGCCAAGAUGAUGUCUAGAAGAAAUUCUCUAUCAGUCGGCUGUUCUUCAUCCCAGAACCUUCAGAUGUCAACGCCUCGAUCUCUCCCUCUGACCAUCAGAAAUACAUAUGGGUCUAGAGGGGAUUUCCGUGCAUUCUCCGCUCCAGUGAUUCCCAAUCCGUUUCCAGAACUCUGCUGUCCGACACACUCGCCCGUGCUGAACGCGUCUCUCAGCAGCAGGGAUGAACCGACUGAAAGCAGCUCGCAUGUUUUGAAGGUAUAUGGGGAUGGCGCACACAGUCGUUCGGUCCUGGUGUCAUCGAGUGCAACCGCACGUGAUGUGUGCCAUAUGCUGGCUCAGACGGCACACUGUAUGGAUGAGGAUACCUGGGCUCUCACAGAGCAUCAUUCUGCUUUGGGUCUGGAGCGUUGUUUGGAAGAUCACGAGCGUGUGGUACAGGUCCAGUCUUCCUGGCCACCAGACGGGGACACAAAGCUGAUCUUUCGCAAGAAUUAUGCCAAGUAUGAGUUCUUCAAAAAACCUGUGCUGUUUUUCCCUGAACACAUGAUCUCUGACAGUGCUGAUGUCACUAAAGGAAUGACAUCAUCAGAGCUUGUGCAGAAUAUGGUAAAGAGUGGCUCAUGUCCAGAAAUCCAAGGGUAUCUGCAUGUGAAAGAAGGUGGAAAGAAAUCCUGGAAGAGACUUUACUGUUUCUUACGGCGGUCUGGAUUGUACUGCUCCAGCAAAGGCCAAUCAAAGGAACCUCGGCACUUGCAGUUCAUUGCAGAUUUGGAGGAUCUGAACGUGUUUACAGUGUUUAAUGGGCGUAAACUUUAUGGCGCACCAAGCGAGCACGUCUUCUGCGUGAAGGGCUCGAAAGACAGGUUUCGCUCUCAGGAUCUGAAGCUGAUGUGUGCUGACAGCGAAUCGAGUCGAACGUGCUGGAUCACGGCCUUCAGAUUGUUUAAGCAUGGGAAAAAGCUCCAGUGCAAUUACCAGAUCGCCCUGUCCGGAUAUAGUGUGAACAAACCAUCACGCUCAGAAUCCAAGUUUACGGACAGAGAUGAGUCGAUGGUUGCUAUGGACUUUUCAGGGAACAGUGGACGGGUGAUCCAGAACCCACAUGAGGCCCAAAGUGCCGAGCAGGAGGAGGGACACAACUGGAGGAAGCGAGAGGCUCUCCGUUAUAGUUUACAGAACAGCACGAGUCAGGGGUCACGCGUCUCCCGCGAGCAUUCUCCAGUUCAUCGAGCUCAGCCGUGGUUUCAUGGUGGUGUGUCUCGUAACGAAGCUCAAAAACUUUUGGAGGAACAGGGCCAAGUCGACGGGAUGUUUCUGAUUCGUGACAGUCAGCAGCACAUGCAGUGCUUUGUGUUGUCCUUGUGUCACAAACUGAAGACAAAACACUACCUUAUCAUUCCUUUGGUACAGGGGCUGCGGCAGUACUACACUAUGGAUGAUGGUGUCACGCUCUUCACGGAUCUUCUGCAAUUGGUCGAGUUUCACCAGAUUAACCGUGGCAUUUUACCUGUGUGUCUGAAACACCCCUGCACCUGCAUUGCACUCUAAACCUCAAACUUUGACUUUGUACUUUGACCUUUGCCCCAAAACGACCUCACACAAAUCACCGGACCUUUUAAAGUUCUCACUCCUAGAGAAUGUCAGGACAUUCUGAAGUUUUUUACAAUAUAUACCUCGAGAGCAAGCCUUAAAAUGGCUUCAUGCUUGAGUACAUGUUAAUUAUUUAUUUUUUUAUAAUAUGUAGGAGGUAUAUGUAAGUCCAACCCAUUAUAUGUUUAUAAUUUCUUUGUUUACAAACUUUUUGUACUUGUGUCCAGAUCCCAGUAUGUUUUGAAACUAUGCAGCUGAAGGAGUUUUCUACUGUCGCUUUAACCACUAGGUGUCGCACUGAUGCUUUGAAUAGCUUACAGGCUGGUCCUUAAAUAAUAAUGCUGGUUACAUUUAUUAAAGUUAUGUGCAAAUGCAUACGAACCUAUGAGGGUAUAGAGCGCACUUUCAAUGUAGCAACAAAUUAUGAUGUUUAACUUAUGUGUGCAUAUUACAUGACACAACUAAUUAAAGCCAGUUUGUUUAUA